AUGUUAUCUCGCUUAGCUCAGGUCAGCAGUCGCAAUGGUGCUGCUGUUCAGAGAAAUGCAUUGAGAGGACCUCUAUUCAACAGAUUUAAUCGCACCACAUCCAUCUUACGCAAAGACAUUCGCAAAUACUCUUCUGACAAGGAACCCCCAAAGAAGAAGGAUGACGAACCAUUCAAUAUCCCUAAAGGAUUCGAGAGUUUCUUUGGCAAGCAAUCUGGAAAGCAAGCCAAGCAAUCAGCCGAGGAAGCAGCAUCCAAACACUCAAAGAAUUCAGCUGAUCAAAUACCCAAACCUCCUCCCAAGGGCAACAGCAGCAGCAAUGGUGGAGGCAACAAGCCUCCAGAGGUCAAUGUCAAUAUGAACAUGGUGUUGGGUACUGCAGUAGGUACUUGGCUCUUGUGGAAAAUGACUUCACCAGCAGAUUCUUCCCGAGAAAUCACUUGGCAAGGAUUCCGUACACAAUUAUUAGACAAGGGACUUGUGGAUAAGCUCGUCGUGGUCAAUCGCAACAGAGUUCGAGUGUAUUUGAGAUCAGAGGCCAACUCACUCGGCGUAUCUCCCCAUCAAACAUUUGUAUUCACCAUUGGAUCUCCUGACAGCUUUGAGCAAAAAUUGGAAGAGGCUCAAAAUGAACUGGGCAUUCCAUCCAACGAGAGAAUUCCCGUAGCUUAUCGUGAUGAAAUUAGUGUAUUGCAGACUGCUUUGCAUUUUGCACCUACUGUUUUGCUCAUCGGUGUCUUGGUUUAUAUGACUAGACGUGGCGCUGGUGGUGCUGGUGGACAAGGUGGUAUCUUUGGCAUUGGCAAGAGCAAGGCCAAGAUGUUUAACCAAGAGACCGACAUUCGAGUCAAAUUCAAGGAUGUCGCUGGUGCUGAUGAGGCUAAAGAGGAAAUCAUGGAGUUUGUCAAGUUUUUGAAGAACCCUGCUGCCUAUGAGCGUCUCGGUGCUACUAUCCCCAAGGGCGCCAUCUUGUCUGGUCCUCCUGGUACUGGUAAAACCUUGUUGGCCAAGGCUACUGCUGGUGAAGCUGGUGUCCCCUUCUUGAGUGUCUCUGGUUCUGAAUUUGUAGAGAUGUUUGUCGGUGUAGGUCCCUCUCGUGUUCGCGAUCUGUUUGCCACAGCCAAGAAGAAUGCUCCUUGUAUUAUCUUUGUAGAUGAAAUUGAUGCUAUCGGUAAAGCAAGAGGCAAGGGUGGCCAAAUGGGUGGAAAUGAUGAAAGAGAAAGCACCUUGAAUCAACUGUUGGUCGAAAUGGAUGGUUUUGAUUCUAGUCAGCAUGUCGUUGUAUUGGCUGGUACUAAUCGCCCUGAUGUUUUGGAUCCUGCUUUGAUGCGUCCUGGUCGUUUUGAUCGUCAUAUCGCUAUUGAUCGCCCUGACAUUGCUGGCCGUGCUCAGAUUUUCAAGGUUCACCUGAAGCCAAUCAAGACACAAGUCGACAUGGAGCAACUCUCUCGCAAACUGGCUGCCCUGACUCCUGGUUUCUCUGGUGCUGAUAUCCACAAUGUGUGUAACGAAGCUGCUUUGAUUGCUGCUCGUCAUAUGAAGGACGAUGUUGACGAAAAGGACUUUGAAGAUGCUAUUGAGCGUGUCAUUGCCGGUCUUGAGAAGAAGUCCAGAGUUCUCUCCCCCGAGGAAAAGACUACCGUCGCCUAUCACGAAGCUGGCCAUGCUGUUGCCGGUUGGUACCUCCAAUAUGCUGACCCUCUCUUGAAGGUCAGUAUUAUUCCUCGUAACUCUGCUUUAGGUUAUGCCCAAUACUUGCCCAAGGAUCAAUAUCUUUACUCCAAGAAGCAACUGUUUGAUAGAGCCUGUAUGACAUUGGGUGGUCGAGUUUCUGAGGAGAUCUUCUUUGACACAAUCACCACUGGUGCUCACGACGAUUUACAAAAGGUAACCAAGAUUGCUUACGCUCAAGUUACUACCUAUGGUAUGAAUGAGAAGGUGGGUCCUCUAUCCUUCUCUGAUCCCCAAAGCGAACAACAAUUCCAAAAGCCAUUCUCUGAGCAAACGGGUACUCUGAUCGAUAAUGAAGCUAGACAAAUCGUUGUUGAUGCUUAUGAACACACUCGCAAGCUGUUGACUGAAAAGAAGGCUGAUAUUGAAAAGGUCGCCAAGUUGCUGUUGGAGAAGGAGGUUUUGAACCGUGAAGACAUGGAGAACCUCUUGGGUAAGAGACCUUUCAAGGAAUUUACAGUAUAUGACGAAUACGUUAGAAAGAAGACUUCUUCACCACCACCUUUCCCUGAGGAUAACCCCAGUGGAUCUGUAGAUGCUGCUAAAUAA